UGAGGGAGAGAAGAAUAGUUCUUCAAAAUUUGUUGGUGCUUUCAACGUGAUGUACAAAUCCAAGAAUCAUGAGCAUAUUUUAACGCAACCAAUAAUGCACACGACGAGAGUUCUGUGCCAAUUUUCUCUUUAAUCCUUCAUUGUUCUUAUCAGGGUUACAUCGGUUUUCGGAUCCGAGUUCAAUUUCUACCCCCUAAUCGAAGCUCCAUUUGCUUUGUACACAUGGAGAGAGCUACCAAGAACGUGCUGCUUUCUUCUAAUGGGGAUGAGAUAUCCAAGAAUCUGGCUCUACAUCUUGCCAAAAGGGGUUGCAGAUUGGUUUUGUUGGGAAAUGAGACUGUUCUUCGUAGAACAAGUAUGGAGAUAGUUGAAUCCCUAAAAGGUGUCCUGCCGAUUGAGGUUGUUGGCUUGGACAUGGAAGAAGAGGGAGAGGCGGAUUUUAGUGAGGCUGUGAACAGGGCUUGCAGUAUUUUGGGAACUUUGGAUGCUUUUGUUCAUGCUUAUUCUUAUGAGGGUCCCAUACAAGAGGCUCUACAUCUAUCCGAACACGAAUUCAAAAAGAUUGUUAAGAUAAACUUGAUGGCUUCAUGGUUUCUGCUGAAGGCUGCUUGUCAAAGAAUGCGAGACCAGAACUUAGGAGGCUCGGUAAUUUUGUUAACCUCCUUGCUUGGUGCUGAGAGGGGACUGUAUCCAGGAGGAGCUGCAUAUGGAUCGUGCUUGGCAGGAUUACAGCAGUUAGCUCGGACUUCAGCUUUGGAUGUUGGGAAGUAUAAGAUCAGGGUCAAUGCUAUAGCCCGUGGACUGCACCUAGAUGAUGGAUACCCUGUGUCAGUGGGGAAGGAGAGAGCAAAGAAGCUGGUCAAUGAUGCAGCCCCGCUCGAAAGAUGGCUCGAUGUUAACGACGAUUUAGCUUCAACUGUGAUCUAUCUAAUCAGUGACGGGUCGCGGUACAUGACUGGAACGACCAUAUUUGUUGAUGGGGCACAGUCGCUUGUGAGGCCACGGAUGCGCUCGUAUAUGUAGUCGUUAUGUCUGGUGCACUUGGAGAUCUUCAGGUCAUCAACAUUUUGGGUUUCUUUUUUAAAUUAUGAUUAGAAGCAUCUAACAGACAAAUAUAUUAUGGUA